AUGGCCCUUACCACGCCUCCACGAGCGCUCUUCUUCGAUGUGUUUGGAACGUGCGUCGACUGGCGGACAACCGUGACGCAAGCCUUGAAUACGCACUCACAUGCAACGCUGAACUCUGCGACGGCAUCGCUCGCUUCGAGGGUACGGCUAAAGGCUUCUGAUAUGACGCUUGCGCAUUGGGGCGACUUUGCACAGCAGUGGCGGAAUGCGUACAAAACAUUCACGCGCAAGCUGGCGGCAGACCCAAGUGUGCCGUGGAAAUCGGUCGACGAUCAUCAUCUUAACUCCUUAAAGGAAUUGCUCGCUCAGUGGGAGCUGGAAGGCCUGUGGACCGACGAGGAGGUGCGCGCUUUAAGUCUUGUGUGGCAUCGACUUGACCCGUGGUCGGACUCUGUGCAAGGCGUCGCCCUGCUCAACCAGCUGUUCUGGACCGCCACUCUUUCUAACGGGAAUGUCUCGUUGCUGUCGGACCUCAAAGUGCACACAAAGAUUCCCUUCACGCACCUGCUAAGCGCUGAGCUUUUCGGCACCUACAAGCCAUCUCCAGCUGUCUAUCGAGGUGCUGCAGAUAAACUGGGUCUUCCCAUCAAGGAAUGCGUCAUGGUCGCAGCACACUUAAACGAUCUCUGGGCGGCUAAGUCUCAUGGUAUGCAGGUCGUCUAUGUUCAGCGCCCUGGUGAAGAGGAGUGGUCAGAUGAUGAGGUUGACAAAGCGAGAGGCGAGGGAUGGGUGGACAUCUGGGUUAGUCUUGGUGAGGGUCAUAAAGGCUUCGUGACCGUGGCAGAGAAGCUGGGUGUCGACCUUCCUGUGGGACAUGCGAGGAAAUUGAGUUCCUCUGCUUGA